AUGUACUCCUUCUUCUCACGAAUUCUGGUGCGACCCACCGCAGUGUUCUCGGCAUCUCACGAUUCUUGUUUGAGUCAGCGACUUCUUACCUACGCAGGUUUCAUAUCACAUAGUUCCGCCGGGGUCUUUGUCUUGUUGCCCUUGUUCAAUAGGGUUCUGGAAAAGUUUACAAACCUGGUGUCGUCAAAGAUGACCGCACUGGGUGCUCAGCGUUUAUGGUUGCCGUGUUUGGGUGCAAAGGAAGCAUGGGAAACAUCCGGCAGAUGGACUGCGUUGGACCAGCUGUUUCGCCUAACUGAUCGAAAUGACAAGCAUUAUUGUCUUCAGCCCACCCACGAAGAAGAAAUCACAUCAUUGUUGAGCAACUUUGAUAUUUCAUACAAAACUCUACCAGUAUUACUCUAUCAGAUUUCCAGCAAGUUCAGGGACGAGCUACGACCGCGUCAUGGACUUUUGCGUUGUCGCGAAUUUAUCAUGAAAGAUCUGUAUAGUUUUGACCAGACUCCCUCGAAUGCUUUGGAAACGUACAACAACGUCUGUAAUGCAUAUACUGAAAUUCUAUCCACACUGAAUAUUCCAUUCUUCAAAGUUAUUGCUGAUGCCGGCCACAUUGGUGGGCUUCUAUCGCAUGAAUUCCACAUACCCUUGGCUGUAGGAGAAGAUGUCCUCUGUGUAUGUGAACGCUGUGGAACCGGCUUCAAUGCUGAACUGAAAGAUGGACUUGAUCGCAUUAAAUCCGAGAGCCCUGAAUAUUGUUCGCACUCCUUCAAACAAACCAAGGGAAUCGAGGUCGGACACUGCUUUCUUCUGGGCCAGCGUUAUUCCAAAUGCUUUAAUGCCACUUACUCUUCACAGGACGGUCCGAGGCUUUUUGAGAUGGGUUGCUUUGGCCUUGGACUGACGCGAUUGAUUGCUGCCUCGGUGGAGCACUUCACGACAACUGCAUUCGCAGAUUUACCGACGGAGAGCAUCACAGAACUUCGCUGGCCCCCAGCAUUCGCCCCAUUCAGCGGAGCCGUGGCUUUGCAAAAGGAGUCCGCAAAGGAUGCGAUUCCACUUACCGAGUUGCAGUCUCUUCUCCACGUCCUUAGCCUCACACCCGAGGGGGUUCCACAUCGCCCACAAGUUCACGGCGACGUUCUGAUUGACGACCGUACAUCGUUGAGUUUGGGGCGCAAACUGUUGGAUCUCAGACGACUGGGUAUCCCAUGGAUCUUGGUCGCAAAAUCACGUGUUUCAUCUUCGCGCCACUAUGAACUCAUUGAUGUCUACCGCGGUCGAUCCUAUGAAGCUACCCUUGAACAAGCAAGAGUUGCAUUUCAACAUCCCGAUCAUUUUGAUCCUUCUUUCCUGUCAGAGUGGAAGCGCCAAGUUUCUUGA